AUGAGGCAGGAGAGCUGGCAAGAACUGAGUUCCUAUCAGGGAGAUGGCCAUGGGAGCGAAGGGAGAUGGCCAUGGGAGCGAAGGGAGAUGGCCAUGGGAGCGAAGGGAGAUGGCCAUGGGAGCGAAGGGAGAUGGCCAUGGGAGCGAAGGGAGAUGGCCAUGGGAGCGAAGGGAGAUGGCCAUGGGAGCGAAGGGAGAUGGCCAUGGGAGCAAAGGGAGAUGGCAAUGGGAGCGAAGGGAGAUGGCCAUGGGAGCGAAGGGAGAUGGCCAUGGGAGCGAAGGGAGAUGGCCAUGGGAGUGAAGGGAGAUGGCCAUGGGAGCGAAGGGAGAUGGCCAUGGCAGCAAAGGGAGAUAGCCAUGGGAGCGAAGGGAGAUGGCCAUGGCAGCAAAGGGAGAUGGCCAUGGGAGCGAAGGGAGAUGGCCAUGGCAGCAAAGGGAGAUGGCCAUGGGAGCGAAGGGAGAUGGCCAUGGGAGCGAAGGGAGAUGGCCAUGGGAGCGAAGGGAGAUGGCCAUGGGAGCGAAGGGAGAUGGCCAUGGGAGCGAAGGGAGAUGGCCAUGGGAGCAAAGGGAGAUGGCCAUGGGAGCGAAGGGAGAUGGCCAUGGGAGCGAAGGGACAUGGCCAUGGCAGCAAAGGGAGAUGGCCAUGGGAGCGAAGGGAGAUGGCCAUGGCAGCAAAGGGAGAUGGCCAUGGGAGCGAAGGGAGAUGGCCAUGGGAGCGAAGGGAGAUGGCCAUGGGAGCGAAGGGAGAUGGCCAUGGGAGCGAAGGGAGAUGGCCAUGGGAGCGAAGGGAGAUGGCCAUGGGAGCGAAGGGAGAUGGCCAUGGAAGCGAAGGCCAUGGGAGUGAAGGGAGAUGGUGAUAGGAGUGAAGGGAGAUGGCGAUGGGAGCGAAGGGAGAUGGCCAUGGCAGCAAAGGGAGAUGGCCAUGGGAGCGAAGGGAGAUGGCCAUGGCAGCAAAGGGAGAUGGCCAUGGGAGUGAAGGGAGAUGGCAAUGGCAGCAAAGGGAGAUGGCCAUGGGAGCAAAGGGAGAUGGCCAUGGGAGCAAAGGGAGAUGGCCAUGGCAGCAAAGGGAGAUGGCCAUGGGAGCGAAGGGAGAUGGCCAUGGGAGCGAAGGGAGAUGGCCAUGGGAGCGAAGGGAGAUGGCCAUGGGAGCGAAGGGAGAUGGCGAUGGGAGCGACAUUAUAG